UACCGUCACCGGGAGGUUACAAUAAGCCAUCUGGACAGAAAAGGAACGAGCAGUUCUCUGAGCUCCACCUAUAUCUAACUCUCUUUAUCCAUGGCGACCUUUCUCUCUCCUCCGCUCUCUCCCUCUCUCUUCCCUCACUCACCAUCCCUCCACUCGAAGCCGGUCUCGAAACCCGAGGUGUUACUAAGGCUCCGCUCCCCCGCGGGACGCGUGACCGCACCGCAAAGGCUCCUCCCGCGUCACGCUGCUCUGUUUGACCGGCCGCUUGAUACCCAGACUCUUAUUGUCACCGCGAGUGUCCUGACCGCUGUUGCCCUAUCCCUCUUUCUCGGUUUCAAGGGAGAUCCAGUGCCUUGUGAGAAAUGUGCUGGAAAUGGUGGAACAAAGUGUGUGUUCUGCAGUGAUGGAAAGAUGAAGAAAGAAACUGGGUUGGUUGAUUGCCGAGUGUGCAAAGGUGCAGGGUUGAUACUAUGUAAGAAGUGCGGGGGUUCAGGUUACUCUAGGCGCUUGUGAAUUAUAACUGAAAUUAUAGAGGAAGAACUUGCAAUUAAGGGAAUGCUACAAAUUUGAGAAUUUGAGGCGCAUUUUCCACAGCUUUCCUCUUCAUGCUGUAGUCUGAUGAAGAAUGAAGAUAGAAACUGAAGGAUAUAUGUAAGCGAAGUUCCGCCAAUGUGACUUCAACUUCGCUGUUAAUUGUCGUCAUGGAGGUUUCUCAUGUGAAUGCAUCAUUGGUUAAUUACACUGUUAUCAUCAUUCUUAAAUCCACCGUGAGAUUGUGGAGACUAGCAUUUAUAGCCAUAGUUGGCGGCAAUAAUCUUGAAGAGGAAGUUGACAGGGAGUGGCCAAAGAGAUUAGUUUAACUUCUUGUUGCUUAUACAUUUUGUCGAAUGCCAAAAUUAACUUUUGAUAAUAAAUUACAAGCAAAGUUUGCCGUAAUCAAUCACUUUCUAAUUAUCUUGUAGCCAAGCCAUUUUAUAUAUAUUUGUCGAAGAAAGUGAAUUACCAAUUGCUA